AUGGAUCUCGAAAACAAAGGCGUAUUCAUCGACGACCAGGAGACUGAUGCAAGAUCCCCAGUGUCAGCCUCCAAGAUCAUCGAUCGCACGCUCCUUACUCGCAAAAAUAUCAAGUACCUGUAUAUUGCCAUCAUGGUUCAGGCGUUCCUUCGCUCGUUUGAAGUCAACCUGAUGUACAGUUCCCUUACCGUAAUCUCUUCAAUCUUCGAAUCCGCCUCCAUCGCCACAAUUCUGCCCAUCAUUCUCGAGAUCAUUUCUGCGGCGCUUGUGCCGUUUUAUACCAAAAUCUCGGAUGUAGUGGGUCGAUCGCAGGCGUUGACGAUUGCGGCGCUCAUGUACUUGCUGGGUUACACGGUUCAGGGCACUUCGAAUGGGUUCUUGCAGCUUGCGUUGGGGCAGAUUGUUUAUGGUGUGGGGUCGACGGGGUUGAUGACUUUGGCACAGGUCUUGAUCGCUGAUAUCACUCCUCUCAUUGACCGCGGCAUCAUGUUCGCUCUCUGGGGCAUGCCGUCAACCGUCAACGUCUUCAUCGCCAGCGUCCUUGUUGACCCAUUGACCCAGCCCAGUUCCAAAUGGAGAAGCGUCUACGCCGUCAUCGGCACAACCGCCCUCAUCGGAUUUAUUAUCCUCCUGGGACCCCUUUGGCAUUACCAACGCAAGGCCGAGAGACGAGCUGCCUCUCAUGGUCGCCGAACCGAGACCCGGUCUAUCAGAUGGUUGUUCUCAGAGUUUGAUGCUGUGGGGGCUCUUUUGAUCACCAUGGCCUUGGGGUUGACGCUUCUGCCGAUUAUCUUGGCUAGGUCGUACGAGGAUAAUUGGAAGAGCCCCAAGAUUCUGGGGAUGUUCUUUUCGGGGGUGCUGUCGUGGGUUUUGUUGGCUGUAUGGGAGAUCAAGUUUUCGACGAGGCCGAUUAUGCCUAUGAGGAUUUGGUUUAACAGGACAAGCUUUGGGGCAUUGGCGGUUGGGUUCUUUUUAACUAUUAUCAAUGCCAUGAACUACAACUAUUACAGCCUCUACCUAGUCGUCUCCCGCGACAUCAGCUUCGGCCACGCAUCAAUCUUGGAACGCGGAUACCAAGUAAUCUACCCCAUCUGUGAGCUCCUCACCGGUUUCGCCAUGAAGCGCUUCAAGAUCUGCCGCCCCUUCAUCUGGAUCGGGAUCUUUGUCCAAACCAUUGGCCUCGGUCUCCAGAUCCCCGCUCGUAAACCUAGUUCAUCGGACGCGUUUAUUGUAAUUGCCCAGAUUAUUGCUGGAGGGGGGGCAGGAAUGGCUAAUAAUGCGGCCAUUGUUGCGGUGACCGGAUCGGUUUCGAGGGAUGAUACUGCUACAGCUAUUGGUGUGAUUCACAUUCUAGGCUCGUUUGGAUAUGCGCUGGGAAGUGGUCUUGCUGGUGGCAUCUGGACACAAUACCUGCCAAUGCGACUGGCAAAGCACAUCACAGGCCCCUACGAUGAGCGCCUCGCCAUGAACGACCCGCUGGAAUACAUCCCUAACCUGGACUUGACCACCAAAGGACAGCUUGUCGAAGCCUAUGCGGAUUCUCAGAUGUUGAUGUUGAUUAUCGCGAUGUGCUUGGCGGUCCCUGUUUGCAUUACUACGCUGUUUAUGAAGAAUAUUGACUUGAUGCAGGAUCAGAACGAUCAGGCUGUAGAAGGGGAGGUGGAGGGGUAUGCGAUUGAUGGUGUGACUUCUGAUAAGCUUGAAGUCAAGUAA